GUCAAACAGGUAGAUGACUCACAAUGGGGAAUAAACGCACAGCUUUCAUUUCAAUGGAGUCGGGAAUGAUGCAUUAAAGAAAAAACAGCAAAGGUUUGAACAGCAAAGAAGGAGUUAAAUCUACUGACGCAAACAGCAUCAUUUAGGCGAAAGGCUCGCGCUGUUUGACCCGGGCGCGUGUCUGAUGCUUUGAUUGAGGUGUGAUGCCCGCGUCCCGCAUCUUUCUGCGCUUGCAGCCGCCCAUCGGUUCUGGAUGACAGCGAUUAAAGUUGCCCUUCAGGCGGCAUUACAUCACCUCCCGCCCGGACCGGAACGAUACGGUUAAUUAUUUACUCAGUGUGCACGCUUUUAAAAAUGCCUGACACAACAAAUGUCCGGUUUUAACGGCUUUCGCUGACAGGAUAAAGAGAAGAAAAGGUGGCUGGCGUGACUGGCUGGCACCCAUUGUGUCGGGGAUGUGAAGCGGCGCGAGAUGCCAUGGCAGCGGCGGAUGCAGCAGCAGCUAACGGGCCGGAGCCGCCCGGUCUCCCGGUACCCAAGGCGUUUCCCUACGAGGAAUACGAGUGCAAAAUCUGCUACAACUUUUUCGACCUCGACCGUCGGGCGCCUAAGAUCUUGGAGUGUCUGCACACGUUUUGCGAGGAGUGUCUGCGCGCGCUGCAGCUGUGCGAGGAGCGGCCGUGGCGCAUCAGCUGCCCCGUGUGCCGCCACCGCACGCCCGUACCGGACUACCGGAUCCAGAACCUGCCGAACAACACCAAGGUCACGGAAGACUUCCCCGUGUACAUCGACUCGGACCCCGUGCCUCAGGAUGCUCUUCCGCCCCACCGGCCUCCGCUGCAUCCGGCGCUCGUGGCGCUCCGGCGCGAGGAGGACGCGUCCGUGGCGUCAAUGGCUGGGCACGCGACGCCGUCCACUACGACGGUGUCCACCGCGACCACGCUGUCCCAGGAGUCGGUCUCGCGUUACGAGAGCUGCCAAAACUGCAGCCGUCUCGCGCUGACCACCGGAUGCGUGUGCGUCAUCUUCUCUUUACUGUCUAUGCUAGUGCUGCUCUUCAUGGGCCUCAUUUUCGUAUACAGCCACGGCGGGCCGCCCUCGCCCGCGGGACCCCUCUGUCUGUCAGUAGCCAGCAUCCUCGCCAUGGUGUCUGCGAUGGUAACGUGGCUCCUCUACUGGCUCAAAGACCGACCGGAGCACGAGACGGGCCGCUCCUCGGCCACCACUAGCGCGAGCCGGAGAAACGCGUGACAGAAGAUCAGAAGCGUAUGACAAGCCCUUUCAGUAGGCUAUUUAU